AUAAAAAAAACAAUAAAAACAUAAAUUCAACAAAUAAUUUAAUGUAUAAUAUCAGAUCAUUUUUCAAAUAUAUGGAUGUAAACGUUCAAAACACGGAUUUCACCGAAAAAACACGAAGGUUGAAGCCGAAGCUUCACGACACCUCGCGACAUUUGAAGGCAGAGUUUGCGGGCUUUCAGUCCGUCAGCCAAUCAGACGGAGGCUGCGCAGGCGCUCAGCCAAUCACAGAGCAGAGACUGUCCGGACGCGCUGCCGCCUGCCGCCUCUGUGCCGCAGCAUCUCAUUGACUUUGACUGGAGCCGCGCCGCUCCCCGUCGCUCCGCACCGCAGCAGCGUCGUUAGCCGCCUGGCUGCUGCUGCUCUCCGGCUGGGAUGUGACAGAGGUGCGGCAGAGACGCCACCGACCAGAACCUCCUCCAGGACCGAACCGGGAGAAGCGGCACCGUUCCGGGUUGAAUCGCCUCUAUCUGCCCUUGCAGCUCUUCGUCGCCCUUGGCCCGGUCCAGUGUUCAGCAUGGAGGACUCGGAGGCGGAGCUGGCGGUGUCGGAGUCAGACGCUUUGGGCGCCGACUUCAUCACGGUGGAACUGGACACGCAGCCCAUCGAGUACGUGGUGAAGUGGGCCGAGGUGGGCUCCAAGUUCACCAUCUCCUGCGUGAAGAAGGACUCGGACGAGGCGUCGGAGCUGACGGCCGACCAGCUGAAGAUCGAGACGGAUGAGGCGUUCUUUGCUCCGUAUGAGGAGGUCUAUCCCUGCGAGGUGACGGAGCAGAGCGUGGAGAUUAAGACGGACUCUGACGACGAGGACGAGGACGCCGACGAGGAGCAGGAGGUUCUGGUGGAGGCGGGAAGCAGCCAGCUGGACGGCGACGCCGACUCGGACCAGGCCGACUUCGAGCCGGAUGAGCGUCAGUACCGCUGCAGCUACUGCGGGAAGAGCUACAGCCACGCCUCCAGCCUGUACCGCCACCAGCAGACGCACAGUGGCAAGAGCAGCGCGGCGCCGCCCGCCGCCAAGAGGGCGCUGGAGCCGACGCACCAGGACGCCCGCUACACCUGCCCCCACUGCGGCAUGAGCUUCAAAGGCAGCAG